UGUUCUCUGCGCAUGUGCGUCAGGGAGCAAAAUGGCUGCUGUGAGAAGAUGCAGGGACUUACUGAGGAGUUUGCGUCCUAUAUUAUGGAAGGAGGGCAUAUUUACUAAACAACCAAUUCCAAGGAGGAGUUUGUACAUGAUAGCAGCAGCCAGUGGUUGCACCUUAGCAAUACAUUGGUUUUAUAAACAAGGACAAGCCAUCGUCCCAGUGGUUCACGCUCGUGAAACGGAGAAAGAUGAACCACCGAAAGAGAGGGUCACGCACCGUGAGAUGCGUUUUCGUCAGUUUGCCUCUGUGGAAUAUCAGGGAAACAUCUAUAUGACACCUCAGGACUUUCUGGAGUCGGUUACCGAAGAGUGUCCAAGACCUCGUAUCGGCCGUGUCAAAUUGGCAGCUCAAGAUGUGGAAGGCAUGCUGCGUCAGACUCCCUCAAGAUCCAGAGGUUCGAACAAACUGUUCCGCAACCUACAUGACAAAGGAAUCAUCUCAUACACCGAGUACCUGUUUCUCCUGUGUGUGCUGACAAGUGGCAAGGUUGUAUCUUCUACAGUCAGCAAGGAGCCAAGAUCUGGUUUUCGUAUCGCCUUCAACAUGUUUGACACUGACGGUAACCAAAUAGUUGACAAGAAAGAGUUUCUGGUGUUGGAAUCUUUCUUCAUUCUUCCCCCUCAUGAGCGAAAGUUUGUACCUCGGGAAAGACAAAGACUGCAGACAAUGUUAGCUCUGGAGCGAGUGUUUAGCAAGCAGCCUGACUCUGAGGAUGGCGAGGGAAGGAAGAUGGAAGUUUUGUCCAAAGUGAUUCCAGCAGUGGAGACGAGAAUACAGGACACGUCUCUGAUGAUCCACUUCUUUGGCAAGUAUGGAAAGGACGUCCUCAAGUAUGACGACUUUCACAGAUUCAUGGAGAACCUGCAGAGUGAGGUGAUUGAGCUGGAGUUCCUCGAGUUCUCCAAGGGCAUGAACACGAUCUCUGAGGUGGACUUCGCCCACAUCCUCCUCCGCUACACCCUGCUGGACCGCACAGAGAUUGACGAGUGCAUUGCCAGGGUCAAGGACAGGAUUCAGCAAGAGAAGGGCAUUACUUUCCAAGAGUUCAAGAAGUUCUGUCAGUUCUUGAACAACCUGGAUGAUUUCUCGAUCGCCAUGAAGAUGUAUACCUACGCCCAACAGCCUGUCUCCCAAGAUGAGUUCCAGAGGGCAGUGAGGGUAUGUACGGGCUUCACGCUGGGCAAGGACGUUGUCAACACUGUGUUCCAGAUCUUUGAUUCCGACGGUGACGGUCACCUCAGCUCCCCGGAGUUCAUCUCCAUCAUGAAGGACAGGUUACACCGAGGUUCAAGGUCUCAUCUGAUGCACACGCAGGGGAACUGGGAAGCCUUCCGGCAGUGUAUCCGCAAUGAGAUGAAGAGCAACUAGCUCCCACCUCCAUCUCCACAUAUCUACAAUGAGUGUCUGCACAUCCACUUUCUCACAACUCUCCUCCUGUCUGCGUGGGAUGAAGUGCCGACAUCUGCUCUAUUGUUUCCUGUGACAACUCCCACAGCUGAUGGAGGCUGUUCCUUGAACAUGGCUCCUCUCUAAACAGUAAACAUACAGGAUAAUAUUGAAACGAAGGAAUACAAACACUGCCGCCACCGUACUGGUCAAGAUACUACAACUGGUUAUUUGUUCAAAAGUCUUGAGUCAUGUUUGGUGCCAGUUACCUCCCUUUACCUGCAGCAAGGAGUCGUCUCCCUUGACUUUCGAUGAUGAAAUGAUGGCAUCUUCAAGAGAGACGUAUAAACAAAAGGAGGACAAUGCUGUUGCUCUGACUGUGCCACACUUCACCUAAUUAUUAAACACAAUGGCCAAAGUCUUGAUGAACUAUUAAAAGUAGAUCUUUCAAAUAUUAAAUACUGCCAAAAAUAUUCCAGCCAACUAGAAGAGGUUACAAUUUGUACUUAAACCAGUAAUGAUUUAUGAUAUUUUAGACACAUGAAUAGAAAUGAAAUGUCAGUGUUGUUAUAUCAGUUGCUUACAUGGCAAUAUGGAAUACUAUUCUCCGUCAACCGCCAUGUAACAUCCUUAUCAAAAGGUGUGUUGUAUAUUUAACAUCAUGGACAGUCCAGUGAUGCACUGGCCAUCACAGGAACUCCCUGGCACAUCUUUUCUUGUAUGGAAUAAUAUUUCCAGCACAGAUUGGAUACAAUCUUUUAUGAAUUAACCUUCAAAAAUAGAUGAGAAUCUUCCAAUAAUUAUGCACAAAUUUACUUAAAUAACAUGCACGUUUGUCAUUUUUCUCAAGUCCUUCCAUCAUAUCUUGAAUGUUUUUUUCCGAAAUUACUCUUGUUUUGCUUUAAGAUCUGUUGUUAUCUUGUUGAUGAGGUUAUUCCACUCGUGCGGUAACCACUUAGGACACUGUGAUACAGGAUGCAAUCUGUGUACAUACUGUUUGAGUGAGUCAAGGUGCUUGUCAGACUUUACAGUGAUCUGUUUGUUGAAUGAGUUUACUAUGUUAUACAAGUCAACAUUUCAUGAUUGGAUGGUUGAUAACUGACUUAAAGAUAAGGAAUCAGCUUCAGAAUGGUGACCAAAUUCGAUGCAUCUUUCCCAUCAAUUUGUGAUAUAAAAUAUGCUUGCUUCACAAUAUUUGAUCAGUGAUGUACAUAUUAUUUUUAUAUCUCAGUCAGGGGACACUUUAUGGGUUGAAAUUCAAAUUUAUUUAAGUGUUAUCAAGCUAUCCUUCAUGAUAGGUUUAUGUGUUAACACAAGUACCAAAUUGUACCACAUGACGUCCCGUAAUAGAGUGCUUGAAGGGGGCCUGUUUUGUUCCUGUUUGUAUGUUGAGUGUGUGAACUGUCCAAGUCCUGAGGAUAAAUGUUAACUUAUAACAUGUGUUCUGUUCUCCUCCUUGUGGAAAAACACAACAUCAGAAUGGCCAACUUGAAUUCAUCCUUGAUUAAUCAUGUGUUAUAUCCAUUGUUUCAGCGGGUAGAUAUUCUUCAUAAUGACCCCACACAUGCAAUGCGCUUGGGUUCCGUUCUGCCUCAUCACUUAUAUUUCUGACUUAACAAGCAAUUUAUUUGAUUGGAUUGGUGUUUUUAGUAGUGCCGUUCAAAUUGAGCUCAAAACGAAGCUAUGGUAGUGAAUAGGUCAUGGGUAUUCAUGAUACCCUGGAUUAUCGAGGAUGAAUUAAUGUGAAAUUCUACAGAAAUGCACGAGCAAUUAAGUUCAUUCUGAUGUUUUGUUUCUCUGCUAAGGAAAGCUUAUUUUUGUACAGAAAUUUUAUGAAAUAUUAAACAAACUGAUAUCCUA